AUGCCACAUCUCCCUUCAAAAAAAAAACAAAAAAGGACGCUGCCAUUCUUCUCAGUCUAUUGUGCCUUGUUCAGUGUCCCAUACUAUUCACAAAGCCCAUUCAUUCAAAAAGAAGGUAUGUCGUCCUACUUCCUGGUGUCCCUCUACCACUCACAAAACACCCCCUUGCCAUGCUUAUCCAAAAAAAAGAACACCCCCUCGCCGUGCCUUAUCAAAAAAACAAAAGAACACCCCCUCGCUGUGCUCAUCCAAAAAAAAGUGUCCCUCUACAACUCACAGAACACCCCCUCACCGUGCCUUAUCCAAAAAAAAGAACACCUCCUCACCAUGCCUCAUCCAAAAAAAGAACACCCCCUUGCCGUGCCUUAUCAAAAAACAAAAGAACACCCCCUCACUGUGCUCAUCCAAAAAAAAAAGAACACCCCCUCACUGUGCCUCAUCCAAAAAAAAGGUACAUUGUCCCAGCUCACGCAGCAUCCCUCUACAACUCACAAAACACCCACAGACCACCCCCUCACCAUGCUCAUCCAAAAAAAAAGCAUCCCUCUACAACUCACAGAACACCCCCUUGCCAUGCUCAUCCAAAAAAAAAGCAUCCCUCUACCACUCACAGAACACCCCCUUGCCGUGCUCAUCCAAAAAAAAAAAGCAUCCCUCUACAACUCACAGAACACCCCUUCGCUGUGCCUCAUCCAAAAAAAAGAACACCCCCUCACUGUGCUCAUCCAAAAAAAAAGCGUCCCUCUACAACUCACAGAACACCCCCUUGCCGUGCCUUAUCAAAAAAAAAAGAACACCCCCUUGCUGUGUCUCAUCCUACAAAAGACUCAGAUGGUGAAGACCAAGCAGACAGCUAAGAAGACCACUGGGGGUAGAGCUCCCAGGGUAUCUCUUGCUGGUCUGAAAGCUAGGGAAAAACAUGCUGCCAAGUCAAGCAAGGCCCAUGCUAGGAAGGCCCCUGUUGCCAAGAAGAGAAGGAUGAGGAACUUGGCAAGGAUGGAGGGACAUUGUGGCCUUGUGAUCAGGCAGGUUGCAGAAGGGUAUCCUCAGCCCUAUUUUGGCUUCUACUUGUCAGGCAAGCCAGUCCUGAAACACCCUCUUGUGGUCAUUGGGGGGUUUGAGCAUGCCACCACCUCUGAAGUGGCUGGUAACUCUACUGCCAUUAUCCACCUCCACCUUGAGUCUCUAGAGCUUGGCCAUGCCCCUGUGCAUAUCCUUCACACCAUGUUGCAGGGAUAUUUCAGACAAGACACCUACCACUUCUCACAACUGCCCUUCAACUUUGCCACUGAGGAGUCCAGAGCUGCCUAUGACACUGCAGCAUCAAAGCUAGCUUCAAGUCUGACUACCUUUGCUAAGGUAGUCAUUUUCCUUACUACCCAUACUGAUGAAGACAGGGGGGAUCUGUUCUCUGGAAUGGAGAAUAAGGUUCCAAUAGCCACAGAGGUCUUUGAGUUGCAGUUUCUGCAAGGCCUUCUGUUACCCCUCUCCAACAUUGUCAAGGGUGGAGACCUCAUCUUCUUUGUAUGUGGUUCUACUGUAAGGAAGGAGCAGAGCUUCCAAGGACUGAAGGCAGCUGUGCAACAUUUCAAGCCAAGGUCCAUGUUGCUUUUUGAUGCUGAGAGACUUCAACUAGUCACCACCAUUCCCUUCCUCAUGAGUGUCCUUGACUCCACCCUUGUUCAAGGCUUCCAUGUCCAAAGUGCAGUCAGGCACUCCAACAUCAUCCUGAUGUUGUGGCAGGAGAAGGUAGUGGUAGAGAAAUUUGUCUGGACUGACAAGUUCAUCAGGCCUUGGGGACAACAAUUGCCUGCCCAGUGCCCUCAAUGUUAUAGCAUUCAGAAGUGGGAAGCUGGUUGUUCAGGGCAGACUUAUUCCUAUGAGUGCAAGAAUCCUGGCUGUGGGAAGGACACACAAGGCACAUCUCAGCCUCCCCAAACCUAUACUAUCUGCAUGUCCAAAGGGGCUACCAAACUGACACAGGGAAAGGGGCAAACAUCAUCCUGA